UUGUAAGAAUCUGAAUGAAUUUGUAAAUUAAGUAUAUUCGGACAAAGUGUGCUUUUAUAAUCCAGUUUUUAUUCAAAUUAUUAUAUUAAUUAAAAUGGCUAGAAGAAUUGCUCAGUCGUCUGUUAAUUGGAUUGCUAUUAGUGAACGUGUUCCAGAAGCUGAAAAAGCUGCUUAUUUAGCUUUUAAAGCUAAAUCUGAUGGCUACCUCCGAAAAAUGUUGGCGUCAUCCCCAGAAGCACCUAAAAUUGAUUGGGCCAAGUACAAGAAUGCUAUUCCUAUCGCUGGUUUAGUUGAAAAUUUUGAAAAGCAAUACAAUGCUGUUAAAAUUCCAUAUCCUGAAGAUAAAUAUACAGCAUCUAUUGAUAGCUCUGAAAAAAAAACUAUGCAGGAAAUAGACGAAUUUAAAAAGAUAGCUGCCUCUAAUAUUAAAGAAGCAGAAAUAAGGAUUGAGGAAAUUAAAAAAUUGUUGCCAUAUUCCCAAAUGACUUAUGAAGAUGCUGCUUAUAUUGAGCCUGAUCUGACAUUAGAUCUUGAAAACAAGCCAUCAUUCUGGCCUCAUCAAGAAAUUGAUUAUGUAUUUGAUGAGCCACAAGAAGAAGGUUCAGAACAAAAGAAAGUUGAAGCUGGUCAUUAAAUUAUUCAUUUCUUAGUUACAAUAUAAUUUUACCCAAUUUGCAAAAACGUUUUGGUAUAAAUAUUUAUAUAAAAAAAAAAUAUAUUGUAGUAUUAUUAUAAAUUGUUUUAUUUCAUAAAAAUCUUAGUCAAUUUUACUAAGAUUUAAUUACAGAUAAAAUGUUUAGUGUAAAAUUGUAUUCAUAACAUUAUAAAAUUCUAGCGUUAAGAGACUAGUUUAAUAAAUUUAUUUUUCUUUUACUAA